AUGGAGCGGAUGUCUGAGGAGGCGCUGCGGCUGAACCUGCUCAAACGGGGCCUGGAGACGUCCGAGGAGCGUGAAGAGGCCCUGGCCAAGCGCCUUAAGAUGGAGGGCCACGAGGCUAUGGAGCGCCUCAAGAUGCUGGCCCUGCUCAAGCGCAAGGACCUGGCUGCGUUGGAAGGGGCAGCAGUGGCAGCCGGGUCCCUGGACGACGGCAAAGGGGGACUGGAGGGGAGCCACCACCACCAGAGUAUGCUGGCGGGCGCGGCGGCGGCCUAUGAGGAGAAGAUGAACGGGAGGCUGGGGGGCCACGGAGGGCCGAGUAAGAACGGCAAGGAGAACAUGGUGGACGAACCAGUGGACUUUAGCGCCAGAAGAGGGUAAGAAUAAUAUACAGUGGCUUGCGAAAGUAUUCACACCCCUUGGCAUUUUUCAUAUUUUGUUGCCUUACAUCCUGGAAUUAAAACAGAUUUUUUGGGGGCUUUGUAUCAUUUCAUUUACACAACAUGCCUACCACUUUGAAGAUGCAAAAUAUUUUUUUUGUGAAACAAACAUGAAAUAAGACAAAAAAACAGAACUUGAGCGUGCAUAACUAUUCACCCCCCCCCCCUCCGCUUGCUUGGUGGUGCCCCUUGCUUAGUGGUGUUGCAGACUCUGGGGACUUUCAGAACAGGUGUGUGUGUGUAUAUAUAAAUACAGCUCUGGAAAAAAUUAAGAGACCACUGCAAAAAUAUACAUUUCUCUGGUUUUACUAUUUAUAGGUAUGUGUUUUGGUGAAAUUAACAUUUUUGUUUUAUUCUAUAAACUACUGACAACAUUUCUCCCAAAUUCCAAAUAAAAAUAUUGUCAUUUAGAGCAUUUAUUUGCAGAAAAUGGUCAAACAACAAAAAAGAUGCUGUGUUGUCAGGCCUUGAAUAAUGCAAAGAAGUUCAUGUUAAUUUUUAAACAACACAAUACUAAUGUUUUAACUUAGGAAGAGUUCAUAAAUCAAUAUUUGGUGGAAUAACCCUAAUUUUCAAUCACAGCUUUCAUGCGUCUUGGCAUGCUCUCCACCAGUCUUUCACAUUGAUGUUGGGUGACUUUAUGCCACUCUUGUCGCAAAAAUUUAAGCAGCUCGGCUUUGUUUGAUGGCUUGUGACCAUCCAUCUUCCUCUUGAUCACAUUCCAGAAGUUUUCAAUGGGGUUCAGGUCUGGAGAUUGGGCUGGCCAUGACAGGGUCUUGAUCUGGUGGUCCUCCAUCCACACCUUGAUUGACCUGGCUGUGUGCCAUGGCGCAUUGUCCUGCUGGAAAAACCAAUCCUCAGAGUUGGGGAACAAUGUCAGCGCAAAAGGAAGCAAGUUUUCUUCCAGGACAACCUUGUACGUGGCUUGAUUCAUGCGUCCUUCACAAAGACAAAUCUGCCCGAUUCCAGCCUUGCUGAAGCACCCCCAGAUCAUCACCGAUCCUCCACCAAAUUUCGCAGUGGGUGCGAGACACUCUGGCUUGUAGGCCUCUCCAGGUCUCCGUCUAACCAUUAGACAACAAGGUGUUGGGCAAAGCUGAAAAUUGGACUCAUCAGAGAAGAUGACCUUACUCCAGUCCAAUCCUUAUGGUCUUUUGCAAAUCUCAGCCUGGCUCUUAUUUGCUUCUCAUUGAUGAAGGGCUUUUUUCUAGCUUUGCACGACUUCAGCCCUGCCCCUAGGAGCCUGUUUCGAACCGUCCUCGCCGUGCACUUCACCCCAGCUGCCAUUUGCCAUUAUUUUUGUAGGUCACUUGAUGUCAUCCUACGGUUGUUGAGUGACAUUCGAAUGAGUUGGCGGUCAUCCCGGUCAGUAGAGAGUCGUUUUCGCUCUCUGCCGGUCUGUAGCUUUGUUGUCCCCAAUGUCUGCUGCUUGACCUUGUUCUUAUGAACCGCCGUCUUUGAAAUUUUAAGGAUGGAAGCAACCUGACGCUCACUGUAUCCCUCUGCCAGUAAAGCCAGAAUUGAACCCUUCUUUUCCUCACUCAAAACUUUCCUUUUCAACUCUUUUGGCAUGGUCAAUAGUUAUUUUUUGAUUAUUACUUUUGAGGUACUAUUAGCACUGUUUUUGCCAUCCAGCUGAUCCUAUUGCAAGAGGAUAGGGAUGACCACAGCAGUGGUUUUUAUACUUUUCCUCAUUAAAUAACAUUUGGUUCAGGUGAUCACCUAAUCAGUACCUAAUUCAGUAGAAUGAGGUGUGCCUGUGUUGGAAUUCAACAGACACUGGAAUGGAAUGGCUAUCAUACAUGUAGAGAUGCUGAUUUAAGAAAAAUUUGCAGUGGUCUCUUAAUUUUUUCCAGAGCUGUAUGUGUGUAUAUAUACUGAGAUCAUGUGACACUUAGAUUGCACACAGGUGGACUUUAUUUAACUAAUUAUGUGACUUCUGAAGGUAAUUGGUUGCACCAGAUCUUAUUUAUGGGCUUCAUAGCAAAGGGGGUGAAUACAUAUGCACGCACCACCUUUCCGUUAUUUAGAGUUUUUUGAAACAAGUUAUUUUUUGCAUUUCACUUCACCAAUUUGGACUAUUUUGUGUAUGUCCAUUACAUGAAAUCCAAAUAAAAAUCUAUUUAAAUUACAGGUUGUAAUGCAACAAAAUAGGAAAAACGCCAAGGGGGAUGAAUACUUUUGCAAGGCACUGUAAUCAAUCAUGAUUUAAAAUGGACGUAGAACAGGUGAUGGGUGGACAAUUUGGGAUUGAAAUUAGUUGUGCAGAAGAUGUGGACUUUGGAAGUGUAUUUAGUUGGCGUGUAACGCAGAUUUAAAAAACAAAAACACCUUAUACAUGUAUUCAUGCGAUGCGCACUGCAGAGAACACCGGAAGAAGAAUCCUCACUGAAUUAUCACAGUGAAUUAUUGUAAUGUUUGUUUGUGUCAAUUAAUCCCAUAAGGGAUGGGUUGCCAACUGACGAUUUGACACACAUUUUCUUUCAUUCAUUCAUUCAUUGUACAAUGCAUAUUGUUGUAGCCUGUUUAGUAUUGUGUUACUCAGUGUAGCUCCAUGUAGAGGAGGUAAUGCAGUGUAGCUCUAUGCAGCGCUAAACAGAGUACACCAUUCAUCCUCUGUUGGUCAUCAUUCGUCGCUGGUCCUCCUCUCUCCCACCUCCAGCGAUGUGGACCGUGAGAGACACACUCCGUCCCCAGACGUGAUCAUCCUGUCGGACAACGAGGCAUCCAGUCCCAGGGGGACGCCCCACCCCGAAGAGAGGCUGCACCAGGCCAACCUGGAGAUCUUCAAGGUACAUUGUCUCCACGUGGCCUGGGUGGUCUAGCAAUUAGAGCCGCUGACUCUGACCAUGGCACACAUGUAGACCAGAGUCGGCAUGGUUCAAAUCUGCCCCACUGCCCUUCAUACUCACACUCCUCCUACCUUUCCUGUCAGCCCUUUACUGUCCUAUCCAUAAACGUGUGUGUGUGUGUGUGUGUGUGUGUGUGUGUGUGUGUGUGUGUGUGUGUGUGUGUGUGUGUGUGUGUGUGUGUGUGUGUGUGUGUGUGUGUGUGUGUGUGUGUGUGUGUGUGUGUGUGUGUGUGUGUGUGUGUGUGUGUGUGUGUGUGUGUGUGUGUGUGUGUGUGACGUAUGUGUUCUAGGGGAAGACUGGCGAGGAGCGGCAGCAGAUGAUCAAGGCUCUGCGGGAAGAGUUGCGUCUGGAGGAGGCCCGUCUGGUGCUGCUCAAGAAGCUUCGGCAGAGCCAGAUCCAGAAGGAGAAUGUCGUGCAGAAGGUUAGUACCAGAGUUGACACUAAUAUCAUUCCAUAUUCAAUUCAGAAAGUUGACUGAAAUAUCGUUAUAUAAAAUAUCAAAUGAGACCCAGCACCCUAGUAUGUGACAAUACAGUGCCUUCGGAAAGUAUUCAGAUUCCUUCCCUUUUUCCAGAUUUUGUUACGUUACAGCCUUAUUCUAAAAUGGAUUAAAACGUUUUUUUUUUCCCUCAUCAAUCUACACACAAUACCCCAUAAUGACAAAGCGAAAAACAGGUUUUUAGAAAUGUGUGGACAUUUAAACAGAAAUACCUUAUUUACAUAAGUAUUCAGACCCUUUGCUAUUAGACUCGAAAUUGAGCUCAGGUGCAUCCUGUUUCCAUUGAUCAUCCUUGAGAUGUUUCUACAACUUGAUUGGAGUCCACCUGUGGUAAAUUCAAUUGAUUGGACAUGAUUUGGAAAAUGCACACACCUGUCUAUAUAAGGUCCCACAGUUGACAGUGCAUGUCAGAGCAAAAACCAAGCCGUGAGUCGAAGGAAUUGUCCGUAGAGCUCCGAGACAGGAUUGUGGCGAGGCACAGAUCUGCGGAGGGGUACCAAAACAUUUCUGCAGCAUUGAAGGUCCCCAAGAACACAGUGGUCUCAUCAUUCUUAAAUGGAAGAAGUUUGGAACCACCAAGACUCUUCCUCUUCCAAACUGAGCAAUCGGGGGAGAAAGGCCUUGGUCAGGGAGGUGACCAAAAGCCACUCCUCAGUAAAAGGCACAUGACAGCCCGCUUGGAGUUUGCCAAAAGGCACCUAAAGGACUCUCAGACCAUGAGAAACAAGAUUCUCUGGUCUGAUGAAACCAAGAUUGAACUCUUUGGCCUGAAUGCCAAGCAACACGUCUGGAGUAAACAUGGCACCAUCCCUACGGUGAAGCAUGGUGUUGGCAGCAUCAUGCUGUGGUGAUGUUUUUCAGCGGCAGGGACUGGAAGACUAGUCAGGAUCGGGGGGAAAGAUGAACGGAGCAAAGUAUAGAGAGAUCCUUGAUGAAAACCUGCUCCAGAGUGCUCAGGACCUCAGACUGGGGCAAAGAUUCACCUUCCAACAGGACAACGACCCUAAGCACACAGCCAAGACAAUGCAGGAGUGGCUUCGGGACAGGUCUCUGAAUGUCCUUGAGUGGCCCAGCCAGAGCCUGGACUUGAGCCUGACUGAACAUCUCUGGAGAGACCUGAAAAUAGCGAUACUCCCCAUCCAACCUGACAGAGCUUGAGAGGAUCUGAAGAGAAGAACGGGAGAAACUCUCCAAAUACAGGUGUGUCAAGCUUGAAGCAUCAUACCCAAGAAGAUCCGAGGCUGUAAUCGCUUCAACAAAGGUGCUUCAACAAAGUACUGAGUAAAGGGUCUGAAUACUUAUGUAAUUGCAAACAUUUCUAUAAACCUGUUUUUGCUUUGUCAUUAUGGGGUAUUGUGUGUAGAUUGAUGAGGGGGGAAAACGAUUUAUUCAAUUUUAGAAUAAGGCUGUAACGUAACAAAGUGGAAAAAGUCAAGGGGUCUGAAUACUUUCCAAAUGCACUGUAUGCUGGUGUUUCAAUUCCUUAGCCAACUACCUCACUUUACAUUGGAUAAUCAACCAGUAAACAAAAACACAAUCCGGGACGCAUUCACUAAAAUCAGCAUCAAAUAUCUCACAAAAUACAGGCUAAUGCCACUCUUGCUUGAAUGUAUAGCCACUAAAACUGCCUGAUACUAGUGAAACCACAGUGUAAAUGGGUAUGGCUCAGCAUGUACAGUUGAAGUCGGAAGUUUACAUACACCUUCGCCAAAUACAUUUAAACUCAGUUUUUUACAAUUCCUGACAUUUAAUCCUAGUAAAACUUCCCUGUCUUAGGUCAGUUAGGAUCACCACUUUGUUUUAAGAAUGUGAAAUGUCAGAAUAAUAGUAGAGAGAAUUAUUUAUUUCAGCUUUUAUUUAUUUCAUCACAUUCCCAGUGGGUCAUCAGUUUACAUACACUCAAUUAGUAUUUGGUAGCAUUGCCUUUAAAUUGUUUAACUUGGGUCAAACGUUUCGGGUACCCUUCCACAAGCUUCCCACAAUAAGUUGGGGGAAUUUAGGCCCAUUCCUUCUGACAGAGCUGGUGUAACUGAGUCAGGUUUGUAGGCCUCCUUGCUCGCACACGCUUUUUCAGUUCUGCCCACAAAUUUUCUAUGGGAUUGACGUCAGGGCUUUGUGAUGGCCACUCCAAUACCUUGACUUUGUUGUCCUUAAGCCAUUUUGCCACAACUUUGGAAGUAUGCUUGGGGUCAUUGUCCAUUUGGAAGACCCAUUUGCAACCAAGCUUUAAUUUCCUGACUGAUGUCUUGAGAUGUUGCUUCAAUAUAUCCACAUAAUUUUCCUUCCUCAUGAUGCCAUCUAUUUUGUGAAGUGCACCAGUCCCUCCUGCAGCAAAGCACCCCCACAGCAUGAUGCUGCCAACCCUGUUCUUCACGGUUGGGAUGGUGUUCUUCGGCUUGCAAGCAUCCACCUUUUUCCUCCAAACAUAACGAUGGUCAUUAUGGCCAAACAGUUAUAUUUUUGUUUCAUCAGACCAGAGGACAUUUCUCCAAAAAGUACGAUCUUUGUCCCCAUGUGCAGUUGCAAACCGUAGCCUGUUUUUUUAUGGCGGUUUUGGAGCAGUGGCUUCUUCCUUGAUAAGCAGCCUUUCAGGUUAUGUCGAUAUAGGACUGGUUUUACUAUGAUUUAGAUACUUUAGUACCUGUUACCUCCAGCAUCUUCACAAGGUCCUUCGCAACGUUCUGGGAUUGAUAUGCACUUUUCACACCAAAGUACGUUCAUCUCUAGGAGACAGAACGCGUCUCCUUCCUGAGCGGUAUGACGGCUGCGUGGUCCCAUGGUGUUUAUACUUGCGUACUAUUGUUUGUACAGAUGAACGUGGUACCUUCAGGCAUUUGGAAAUUGCUCCCAAGGAUGAACCAGACUUGUGGAGGUCUACAAAAAAUGUUCUGAGGUCUUGGCUGAUUUCUUUUGAUUUUCCCAUGAUGUCAAGCAAAGAGGCACUGAGUUUGAAGGUAAGCCUUGAAAUACAUCCACAGGUACACCUCCAAUUGACUAAAAUGAUGUCAAUUAGCCUAUCAGAAGCUUCUAAAGCCAUGAUAUCAUUUUCUGGAAUUUUCCAAGCUGUUUAAAGGCACAGUCAACUUAGUGUAUGUAAACUUCUGACCCACUGGAAUUGUGAUACAGUGAAUUAUAAGUGAAAUAAUCUGUCUGUAAACAAUUGUUGGAAAAAUUACUUGUGUCAUGCACAAAGUAGAUGUCCUAACCGACUUGCCCAAACUAUAGUUUGUUAACAAUAAUUUUGUGGAGUGGUUGAAAAACUAGUUUUAAUGACUCCAACCUAAGUGUAUGUAAACUUCCGACAUCAACUGUAGCAGUGUUACCUAAGUCCACUGUUUGAAGUAGUAGUGAGAUUGUGCUGACACAGACUAAACAUCUCAAUGUCAUAGAGCAGGAGUAAACAUAGCAGCGAUCAGUGACAUUAUUAUGUGUGGUGUGUGUCUCUGUUUUGAAAGAGAGAGCGAGAGUUUGUGUAUGUUCUCCUGCCAGACCUGACCCUGCCACGUGUAAAGCAAGUGAUAAUACAAUGUACAGUACCAGUCAAAAGGUUGGACACACCUACUCAUUCAAGAGUUUUUCUUUAUUUUAACUAUUUUCUACAUUGUAGAAUAAUAGUGAAGACAUCAAAACUAUGAAAUAACACAUAUGGAUUCAUGUAGUAACCAAAAAAGUGUUAAACAAAUCAAAAUAUAUUUGAGAUUUGAGAUUCUUCAAAGUAGCCACCCUUUGCCUUGAUGACAGCUUUGCACACUCUUGGCAUUCUCUCAACCAGCUUCCCCUGGAAUGCUUUUCCAACAGUCUUGAAGGAGUUCCCACAUAUGCUGAGCACUUGUUGGCUGCUUUUCCUUCACUCUGCGGUCCAACUCUUCCCAAACAAUUGGGUUGAGGUCGGAUGAUUGUGGAAGGCAGGUCAUCUGAUGCAGCACUGCAUCACUCUCCUUCUUGGUCAAAUAGCCCUUACACAGCCUGGAGGUGUGUUGGGUCAUUGUCCUGUUGAAAACAAAUUAUAGUCCCACUAAGCGCAAGCCAGAUGGGAUGGCGUAUCGCUGUAGAAUGCUGUGGUAGCCAUGCUAGUUAAGUGUGCCUUGAAUUCUAAAUAAAUCACUGACAGUGUCACCAGCAAAGCACCAUCACACCUCCAUGCUUCACGGUGGGAACCACACUUGCAGAGAUCAUCUGUUCACCUACUCUGCGUCUCACAAAGACAUAGCGGUUGGAACCAAAAAUCUCACAUUUGGACUCAUCAGACCAAUAGACAGAUUUCCACCAGUCUAAUGUCCAUUGCUCGUGCAAGUCUCUUCUUCUUAUUGGUGUCCUUUAGUAGUGGUUUCUUUGCAGCAAUUCGACCAUGAAGGCCUGAUUCACGCAGUCUCCUCUGAACAGUUGAUGUUGAGAUGUGUCUGUUACUUGAACUCUGUGAAGCAUUUAUUUGGGCUGCAAUCUGAGCAGCAGAGGUAACUCUGGGUCUUCCUUUCCUGUGGCGGUCCUCAUGAGAGCCAGUUUCAUCAUAGUGCUUGAUGGUUUUUGUGACUGCACUUGAAGAAACGUUCAAAGUUCUUGAAAUUUUCCCGGAUUUACAGACCUUCAUGUCUUAAAGUAAUGAUGGACUGUUAUUUGUCUUUGCUUAUUUGAGCUGGUCUUGCCAUAAUAUGGACUUGGUCUUUUACCAAAUAGGGCUAUCUUCUGUAUACCAACCCUACCUUGUCACAACACAACUGAUUGGCUCAAAUGCAUUAAGAAGGAAAUACAUUCCAUAAAUUAACUUUUAAGAAGGCACACCUGUUAAUUUAAAUGUAUUCCAGGUGACUACAUCAUGACGCUGGUUGAGAGAACACUUUUUUGGUUAGUACAUGAUUCCAUAUGUGUUAUGUUUUCUAUUCUAACUAUUCUAUUCCAACCCAUCCAGGUACCGGUGGUCCAGAAUACCCCCGCUUCGGUGCAGCCAUCCCCUAUCCACAGUUCACAGGGGAUGGGAAAGCUGCCGGUGCGCCCUGGCAUGCACACUCCAGAGCCCCAGAACUUCCGCAGUGCACAGGUGUGUGUGUGUGUGUGUGUGUGUGUGUGUGUGUGUGUGUGUGUGUGUGUGUGUGUGUGUGUGUGUGUGUGUGUGUGUGUGUGUGUGUGUGUGUGUGUGUGUGUGUGUGUGUGUGUGUGUGUGUGUGUGUGUGUAUUGCAGUGAUUUUUGGCAUUAGACUAACCGGAGCUCAACCUGCACCCCUGGUCUGAGUCAAACCUGCGAUCCACAGCUCCAAGAGCAUUAUUGGUCCUUCAGUUGGAACGUCUUGUAAUGCAUUACUUACCAAUGCUGUAGGAUCAUUACUCUAUGCUUAUUUGUGUAUGCAUGCUGAGGCAAAUCUAUUUCACUACUCUUUGGAUCAUGUUUGUGUUUUGAAAAGCAUAUGGUUCCUGGUUAGGUUGAUAUCUUACAUUUAUAAAUGGAAGACAUUGCUUUGAUCCAUGAUCCCUUGAAUUGGACAUGGGUUGGUCAGGUCAGCUUUUUAUCUUAGCUGUUCAAUGACUAUCUGAACUGUGACAAUAAGGCCAAGUAUCUAUUGCCCUCUAGUGACUACAAACAGUACAACAUAUACCCAUUUAUAGAAGCAUUACAUUCUUGGAUGACUGCCUCUCUCUAUUUCAAUGGCACACGGCGUGUAGCAAAUGUGGAUUCCUGAUCAAUUCAAUUGCGUAAUUAAUUAAAAUGCAUCCAAAUGUGAAUUGUUCCUCUCAUGAUUCUCCCCAUUUUUUAUUAACUCUCUCCUCUUCUCUAUCACUUUCUCACCUUUUUCUGUUCCUCUUCCUCCUCCAUCCCUGCUGGUCAUCCCUUCUUCUCUUUCUAUUUCCUCUAACCUUUCCUCUCCUCCCUCCACAGGGUCACACAGUCAUCAGGUCGGGGGCCAACGCCUCCCUGCCCCCGAUGAUGAUGUCACAGAGGGUCAUCGCCCCCAACCCGUCCCAGCUACAGGGCCAGAGAAUGCCCUCCAAGCCUGGCAUGGGCCGCUCCAGCACGGGUAGUAUGAGCAACGUCAGCUACCAGCAGGUAUGGUGCCACCCCUCUGCUCUCCACGUUUCAGAAAACACUGGUUGCAUUCCAAUUCUCUAACCUUCACCCAUGAGUAUGCACUUGGUCACUCCCCCUCAUGCAUUUAAAGGCAUUGGAUCAUUGCAAGCAUGGCUGGAGGAAGUUCCCACUAUAUUCCUUAUACCACUUCAUCCCUUGAGCAUUUUAAACGUCAUAAAGGCCAUCCAGAGGACCAUUCCGUGUUUAGAAUAGCAAUCACUUCAACUUGUCUCACAGUCUUUCCACUGUGCCCCUUUUCCCUUGUGCGUUGAACGCACCACAGGCCACCAGCCAGCAGGUGGCGGUGUCCCAGCGUUCGUGCUCCUCUGCAAUCUACAUGAACUUGGCCCACAUGCAGGCUGCGGGGGGUGUGGGCGGCGUGGGGAUGGGCAGCAGUGGGAUGGGCGCUGUCAGCCCUUCCACCAUAUCGAGCGGAACAGGUAGCGGCGGAAGCUCCGGCGUGAGUUCCCUGGCGGACCAGGCAAGCAGCCAGGCAGCAGCCAAGCUGGCCUUGCGCAAACAGCUGGAGAAAACCCUGCUGGAGAUCCCGCCGCCCAAGCCGCCGGCCCCACUCCUGCACUUCUUGCCGUCGGCGGCCAACAGCGAGUUCAUCUACAUGGUGGGCCUGGAGGAGGUGGUGCAGAGCGUCAUCGACAGCCAGGGUAAGCCACUGGACAGGCACCGCUACAAAUCUCUUUAUAUGAUCAAGAUGAGAGAUUCUGCACCUCACCAUGCUGUCCAGUGAAAAUCGAACUUAUUAAAGUGAAUAUUAUGUUAACUCAUACCCAAAUAAUGUUGUUAACUCAUCCUAUACUCAUAUUUGUGGCCAAAGCAUAAAUUGAUGAAAAAAACAUUUUUAAAAAACCCACCUCAAACUUGUAUCUCAAACAGACCAUUUAAAAAAUUGCUAUUUCUUCAUAUAGGAUGAUGUUAUCCUCCUGAGGAGGAUGAGCUGGCCAAUCACCUAUCUAAUCACAUGAAUAUUUUUUAUGACCGAUAUACGCCCACACCAUUCUGUGUUUGUGGUACGCCCACCCUAUUCCAACACAGAAAAGCUGCUUUUUAACAUACUUAAUUAAACACAUUUGGAAGGAAACUAUUUUGCUCAUAUUGUAAUUAAUUAUAGGUAAUAUUUCAUAGAAAUCUGGAAACACUGGACAGUUACUUUAAACUGACCCCCUCAAGCUGAUUAAGAAUCAAAACCUUUAAUAAAUGCCUCCUGCCUCUCAUCAGGUAAGCUGCGGGGGACGCUGUCGCGCAUGGAGCCCUUCUUCUGCGGCCAGUGCAGGAUCGACUUCACCCCCCACUGGAAGCAGGAGAAGGGCGGGCGUAUCCUCUGCGAGCAGUGCAUGACGUCCAAUCAGAAGAAGGCCCUGAAGGCGGAGCACACAAAUAGGCUGAAGAACGCAUUCGUCAAGGCCCUGCAGCAGGAGCAGGUUAGCUCAACCCCUUUUAACAGGGCCUGAUCUACAGUGCAUUCGGAAAGUAUUCAGAACCCUUGACUUUUUCCACAUGUUACGUUACAGCCUUAUUCUAAAAUUCAUUAAAUUGUUUUUUUUUCUCAUCAAUCUACACAUAAUACCCCAUAAUGACAAAGCAAAAACAGGUUUUUAGAAUUGUUUGCUAAUUUAAAUAAAACAAACCUGAAAUAUCACAUUUACUUAAGUGUCAGACCCUUUACUCAGUACUUUGUUGAAGCACCUUUGGCAGCGAUUACAGCCUAGAGUUUUCUUGGGUAUGACGCUACAAGCUUGGCACACCUGUAUUUGGGAAGUUUCUCUCAUUAUUCUCUGCAGAUCCUCUCAAGCUCUGUCAGGUAGGAUGGGGAGCAUUGCUGCACCGCUAUUUUUAGGUCUCUCCAGAGAUGUUCGGUCGGGCUCAAGUCUGGGCUCUGGCUGGGCCACUCAAGGACAUUCAGAGACUUGUCCCGAAGCCGAUUUAAUCAAUUUUAGAAUAAGGCUGUAACAUAACAAAAUGUGGAAAAAGUAAAGGGGUCUGAAUACUUUCGGAAUGCACUGUAAUCUGAUCUAAAAGACAAUUGAUCCUAGAUCCGCAUUCCUACUCUGAGACUUUAUGAAUAGGGGCCCAGAUUUUAUUUUUCAUAUGUAAUGGCAUGGAUUAAAGAGAUACAGUGCUGUGAAAAAGUAUUUGCCCCUUUUCUGAUUUCCUCAAUUUUUUUGCAUAUUUUUUAUACUGAAUGUUAUCAGAUCUUCAACCAAAACCUAAUAUUAGAUAAAGGAACCUGAGUUUACAAAUAACAAAAAAAUAGAUACUUAUUUAAUUAACACAUUUAUUUAACACCCAAUUUCCCUGUGUGAAAAAGUAAUUGCCCUCUUACACUCAAGUACUGGUUGUGCCACCUUUAGCUGCAAUGAUGCAGCCAAAUGCUUCCUGUAGUUGUUAAUCAGUCUCUCACAUCGCUGUGGAGGAAUUUUGGCCCACACUUGCAUGCAGAACUGCUUGAACUCUGCGACAUUUGUGGGAUUUCAAGCAUUAACUGCUAGUUUCAAGUCCUGCCACAACAUCUCAAUUGGGAUUAGGGCUGGACUUUGACUAGGCCAUUCCAAAACAUCAAAUGUGUUGCUUUUUAGCCAUUUUCAUGUUGACUUGAUUGUGUGUUUUGGAUAAUUUUCUUGCUGCAUGACCCAGCUGUGCUUCAGCUAACAGACGGAUGGCCUGACAUUCUCCUGGAGAAUAAUCUGAUACAGAGCAGAAUUCAUGGUUCCUUCUAUUAAGGCAAGUCGUCCAGGUCCUGAGGCAGAAAAUCAUCCCCAAACCAUCACACUGCCACCACCAUGCUUGACCGUUGGUAUAAGGUUCUUACUGUGGAAUGCAGUGUUUGGUUUUUGCCAGGCAUAAUGGGACCCAUGUCGUCCAAAAAGUUAUACUUUUUACUCAGCUGUCCACCACAAACCGAUGCUGGCACUAAGAUUGCACUCAAUGAGCUGCAUUAGGCCAUAAGCAAACAGGAAAACGCUUAUCCAGAGGCAGCGCUCCUAGUGGCCUAACCCGGACGCUUAUAAGAAAUCCCGCUAUGCCCUCCGACGACCCAUGAAACAGGCAAAGCGUCAAUACAGGACUAAGAUUGAAUUGUACUACACCGGCUCCGACCCUCGUCGGAUGUGGCAGGGUUUGCAAACUAUUACAGACUACAAAAGGAAGCACAGCCGUGAGCUGCCCAGUGACACGAGCCUACCAGACGAGCUAAAUUACUUCUAUGCUCGCUUCGCGGCAAGCAACACUGAAGCAUGCAUGAGAGCACCAGCUGUUCCGGACGACUGUUUGAUCACGCUCUCCGUAGCCGAUGUGAGUAAGACCUUUAAACAGGUCAACAUUCACAAGGCCGCAGGGCCAGACGGAUUACCAGGACGUGUCCUCCGAGCAUGUGCUGACCAACUGGCAAGUGUCUUCACUGACAUUUUCAACCUGUCAUAGACGGAGUCUGUAAUAAUAACUUGUUUCAAGCAGACCACCAUAGUUCCUGUGUCCAAGAACACUAAAGUAACCUGCCUAAAUGACUACCGACCCGUAGCACUCACGUCUGUAGCCAUGAAGUGCUUUGAAAGGCUGGUAAUGGCUCAAAUCAACACCAUUAUCUCAGAAACCCUAGACCCACUCCAAUUUGCAUACCGCCCCAACAGAUCCACAGAUGAUGCAAUUUCUAUUGCACUCCACACUGCCCUUUCCCACCUGGACAAAAGGAACACCAACGUGAGAAUGCUAUUAAUUUACUACAGCUCAGCGUUCAACACCAUAGUGCCCUCAAAGCUCAUCACUAAGCUAAGGACCCUGGGACUAAUCACCUCCCUCUGCAACUGGAUCCUGGACACCUGGACCAGGUGGUAAGGGUAGGUAACAACACAUCUGCCACACUGAUCCUCAACACGGGGCCCCUCAGGGGUGCGUGCUCAGUCCCCUCCUGUACUCCCUGUUUACCCAUGACUGCAUGGCCAGGCACGACUCCAACACCAUCAUUAAGUUUGCUGACGACACAACAGUGGUAGGCAUGAUCAACGAUAACAAUGAGACAGCCUAUAGGGAGGAGGUCCGAGACCUGGCCGUGUGGUGCCAGGAUAACAACCUCUCCCUCAACGUGACCAAGACAAAGGAGAUGAUUGUGGAUACAGGAAAAAAAGAGGACUGAGCACGCCCCCAUUCUCAUUGACAGGGCUGUAGUGGGACAGGUUGAGAGCUUCAAGUCUUUGGUGUCCACAUCACCAACAAGCUAUCAUGGUCCAAACACACCAAGACAGUCGUGAAGAUGGCACGACAAAGCCUAUUCCCCCUCAGGAGACUGAAAAUAUUUGGCAUGGUUCCUCAGAUCCUCAGAAAGUUCUACAGCUGCACCAUCGAGAGCAUCUUGACAGGUUGCAUCACCGCCUGGUAUGGCAACUGCUUGGCCUCCGACCGCAAGGCACUACAGAGUGUAGUGUGUAUGGCCCAGUACAUCACUGGGCCCAAGCUUCCUGCCAUCCAGGACCUCUAUACCAGGCGGUGUCAGAGGAAGGCCCUAAAAAUUGUCAAAGACUCCAGCCACCCUAGUCAUAGACUGUUCUCUCUGCUACCGCACAGCAAGCGGUACCAGAGCGCCAAGUCUAGGUCCAAAAGGCUUCUUAACAGCUUCUACCCCCAUGCCAUUAGACUCCUGAACAGCUAAUCAUGGCUACCCGGACUAUUUGCAUUGUAUCAAAUAGGUAUCAAUGUUUUUGUUAUUUGUAAACUCAGGUUCCCCUUUAUCUAAUAUUUGGUUUUGGUUGAAGAUCUGAUAACAUUCAGUUUCAAAAAUAUGCAAAAAUAGAGAAAAUCUAAAGGGGGCAAAUACUUUUUCAUGCCACUGUAUACAACAAGGCUAGGUAAAAUAUACUAGUUUGCAGGAAUGUUACAAACAACUUGUGACUCACAAUAAGUACGUUUUGCGGCUGACCUCUUGACAACUGUCAGAGAGCGUGACCUUAUUAUGUUCUAGUGCCCUGAGCUGUCGGAGUGAAACAAAUUACUUUUUCCCCUUGACCACUGACAUGCUCUGACUGUUACGAGUUUUUUUUACGUGUGUGUGGCUGUGCUUUUGUAUUUGAAUUUCUUGUCUGUUUCUCUCUCCCUCUCCCUGUCCCACCCUUUUCUUCCCAUCCUUUGUUCAUUGUCUCCACCCUUAUCUCUCUCUAUCUCCUCAUGUUUAACAGGAGAUUGAGCAAAGGCUCCAGCAGCAGGCAGCCGUCUCCCCCAGCACGGCUCAGACUGUUCCCAACGUCGUCAGCAAGGCCGAGACCAUGAUCCGACAUCACGCUCUGCGUCAGGUAACGGGCCUACACUAAGACACCUUAAAGUGACAGUUCACUGCAAAACCUUAAUUUGUCAACUGUUGUCAGACCUCAAAAGUAGUCAAUUUUUUUUAUUGAGAUGAGUCCUUGGCCCAUCCCAAUAUUUGCGUAGAUCCACUUAUAUCCCCCAGUCAACCAUCCUUAGGCCCCAUUUUAGUUGGCAGCGUUUGUAGACUGUACUCCGGCACAGUAUCAUAUUAUGUUUUCAAUUGUUAAGUUACCAAAAAACUUUUUGACUGAACUGAUGUAUCUGGAGGUCACUGAUUUCCUCCUCCUCUCUCUCACCCUCUGCUCCCUCAGGCUCCCCAGCCUCAGGCCUCCAUGCAACGGGGUCUCUCCAGCUCGGCGAGGGGCGUCCUCUCCAACUUCGCCCAGGCAUCCCAGCUCUCCGUGGCCAGCGGCCUGCUGGGGAUGACGGGGAAGCAGCGCUGCGGAGGAGGUGGUGGCAGCAGUAGUGGUGGCGGUGGCAGCAGUCGGAUCCAGCAUGAUGGCCGUCGCCAGAUCUACAACAUCCCCGGUGGGUUUUUGAGAACCCCUUAUGGUAACACUUCACUUAGGCCUAAAGCCUGCAGAUACAGUGCCUUCAGAAAUAAUUCAUACCCCUUGACUUUUUCCACAUUUUGUUGUUGUACAAAGUGGGAUGUCAACGAUCUACACAAAAUACUCUGUCAAACUGGAAGAAAAAUUCUAAAAUGUGUAAAAAUAAAAAUAUGAAAAAUAAAACACUAAUAUAUCUUGAUUAGAUAAGUAUUCAACCCCCUGAGUCAAUACAUGUUAGAAUCACCUUUGUGAUUACAGCUGUGGGUCUUUCUGGGUAAGUCUCUAAGAGCUUUGCGCUACUGGAAUGGACAAUAUUUCUUCAAGCUCUGUCAAUUUUCUGCCAUUUUCAAGUCUUACCAUAGAUUUUCAAGCAGAUUUAAGUCAAAACUGUAACUAGGCCAUUCAGGAACAUUCAACGUCGUCUUGGUAAGCAACUCCAGUGUAUAUUUGGCCUUGUGUUUUAGGUUAUUGUCCAGCUGAAAGGUGAAUUUGUCUCCCAGUGUCUGUUGAAGAGCAGACUGAACCAGGUUUUCCUCUAGGAUUUUGCCAGUGCUUAGCUCUAUUCCAUUUAUUUUUAUCCCCCAAAAAACUCCCUAGUCCUUGCCGAUGACAAGCAUACCCAUAACAUGAUGCAGCCACCACAAUGCUUGGAAAUAUGAAAAGUGGUGUUCAGUGAUGUGUUGGAUUUGCCCCAAACAUAACGCUUUGUAUUCAGGACAUAAAGUUCAUUUCUUUGCCACAUUUUUUGCAGUUUUACUUUAGUGCCUUAUUGCAGACAAGAUACAUUUCUUCGAAAAUUUGUAUUCUGUACAGGCUUUUUUUACAGGGUUCUUUUCACUGUCAAUUAGCUUAGUAUUGUGGAAUAACUACAAUGUUGUUGAUCCAUCCUCAGUUUUCUCCUAUAGCCAUUAAACUCUGUAACUGUUUUCAAGUCACCAUUUGCCUCAUGGUGAAAUCCCUGAGUGGUUUCCUUCCUCUCCGGCAACUGAGUUAGAAAGGACGCCUGUAUCUUUAUAGUGACUGGGUGUAUUGAUACACCAUCCAAAGUGUAAUUAAUAACUGCACCAUGCUCAAAAGGAUAUUCAAUGUCUGCUUUUUUUUAAAAACCAAUCUACCAAUAGGUACCCUUCUUUGCGAGGCAUUCGAAAAUCUCCCUGGUCUUUGUGGUUGAAUCUCUGUUUAAGAUUCACUGCCCAACUGAGGGACCUUACAGAUAAUUGUAUGUGAGGGGUACAGAGAGGAGGUAGUCAUUAAAAAAUCUAGUUAAACACUAUUAUUGCACACAGAGUGAAUCCAUGAAACGUAUUAUGUGACUUGUUAAGCAAUGUUUUACUCCUGAUUCAGGCUUGUCAUAACAAAGGGGUUGAAUAAUUAUUACUCAAGACAUUUCAGCUUUUCAUUUGUAAUUAAUUAGUAAAAACUUUUAAAAACAUAAUUCCACUUUGACAUUAUGGGGUAUUGUGUGUAGGCCAGUGACAAAAACAUAUAAAUAUAAUCCAUUUUAAAUUCAGGCUGUAACACAACCAAGUGUGAAAAAAGUUAAGGGGUGUGAAUACUUUCUGAAGGCACUCUAUAAUGUUAUUACAUGUUAUAAGUCUGGUCCCGUGUGUGUGUAUAUAUGUAAAAUGUGUGUAUAUACCUAUAUAUGUGUGUGUGUGUGUGUGUGUGUGUGUGUGUGUGUGUGUGUGUGUGUGUGUGUGUGUGUGUGUGUGUGUGUGUGUGUUACAAAUAAAGAAAAACCCUGGAAUGAGUAGGUGUGUCCAAACUUUUGACUGGUACUGUACAUAUAUAUAUUUAUAUUACACACAUACAGUGAAGGGAAAAAAGUAUUUGAUCCCCUGCUGAUUUUGUACGUUUGCCCACUGACAAAACAUGAUCAGUCUAUAAUUUUAAUGGUAGGUUUAUUUGAACCGUCAAACAUGGAGGUGGAAACAUUAUGCUUUGGGGGUGUUUUUCUGCUAAGGGGACAGGACAACUUCACCGCAUCAAAGGGACGAUGAACGGGCCGUCAAAUCUUGGGUGAGAACCUCCUUCCUUCAGCCAGGGCAUUGAAAAUGGGUUGUGGAUGGGUAUUCCAGCAUGACAAUGACCCAAAACACACGGCCAAGGCAACAAAGGAGUGGCUCAAAAAGAAGCACAUUAAGGUCCUGGAGUGGCCUAGCCAGGCUCCAGACCUUAAUCCCUUAGAAUAUCUGUGGAGGGAGCUGAAGGUUUGAGUUGCCAAACGUCAGCCUCGAAACCUUAAUGACUUGGAGAAGAUCUGCAAAGAGGAGUGGGACAAAAUCCCUCCUGAGAUGUGUGCAAACCUGGUGGCCAACUACAAGAAAUGUCUGACCUCUGAUUGCCAACAAGGGUUUUGUCACCAAGUACUAAGUCAUGUUUUGCAGAGGGGUCAAAUACUUAUUUCUCUCAUAAUGCAAAUCAAUAUAUAACAUUUUUUACAUGCAUUUUUCUGGAUUUUUUUGUUGUUAUUCUGUCUCUCACUGUUCAAAUAAACCUACCAUUAAAAUUAUAGACUGAUCAUGUCUUUGUCAGUGGGCAAACGUACAAAAUCAGCAGGGGAUCAAAUACUUUUUUCCCUCACUGUAUAUACAGUGGGGAGAACAAGUAUUUGAUACACUGCCGAUUUUGCAGGUUUUCCUACUUACAAAGCAUGUAGAGGUCUGUAAUUUUUUUUAUCAUAGGUACACUUCAACUGUGAGAGACGGAAUCUAAAACAAAAAUCCAGAAAAUCACAUUGUAUGAUUUUUAAGUAAUUAAUUUGCAUUUUAUUGCAUGACAUAAGUAUUUGAUCACCUACCAACCAGUAAGAAUUCCGGCUCUCACAGACCUGUUAGUUUUUCUUUAAGAAGCCCUCCUGUUCUCCAAUCAUUACCUGUAUUAACUGCACCUGUUUGAACUCGUUACAUGUAUAAAAGACACCUGUCCACACACUCAAUCAAACAGACUCCAACCUCUCCACAAUGGCCAAGACCAGAGAGCUGUGUAAGGACAUCAGGGAUAAAAUUGUAGACCUGCACAAGGCUGGGAUGGGCUACAGGACAAUAGGCGAGCAGCUUGGUGAGAAGGCAACAACUGUUGGCGCAAUUACUAGAAAAUGGAAGAAGUUCAAGAUGACGGUCAAUCACCCUCGGUCUGGGGCUCCAUGCAAGAUCUCACCUCGUGGGGCAUCAAUGAUCAUGAGGAAGGUGAGGGAUCAGCCCAGAACUACACGGCAGGACCUGGUCAAUGACCUGAAGAGAGCUGGGACCACAGUCUCAAAGAAAACCAUUAGUAACACACUACGCCGUCAUGGAUUAAAAUCCUGCAGCGCACGCAAGGUCCCCCUGCUCAAGCCAGCGCAUGUCCAGGCCCAUCUGAAGUUUGCCAAUGACCAUCUGGAUGAUCCAGAGGAGGAAUGGGAGAAGGUCAUGUGGUCUGAUGAGACAAAAAUAGAGCUUUUUGGUUUAAACUCCACUCGCUGUGUUUGGAGGAAGAAGAAGGAUGAGUACAACCCCAAGAACACCAUCCCAACCGUGAAGCAUGGAGGUGGAAACAUCAUUCUUUGGGGAUGCUUUUCUGCAAAGGGGACAGGACGACUGCACCGUAUUGAGGGGAGGAUGGAUGGGGCCAUGUAUCGCGAGAUCUUGGCCAACAACCCCCUUCCCUCAGUAAGAGCAACAACCCCCAUUUUCUAAUAAUUGCGCCAACAGUUGUUGCCUUCUCACCAAGCUGCUUGCCUAUUGUCCUGUAGCCCAUCCCAGCCAUGUGCAGGUCUACAUUUGUAUCCCUGAUGUCCUUACACAGCUCUCUGGUCUUGGCCGUUGUGGAGUUGUUGGAGUCUGUUUGAUUGAGUGUGUGGACAGGUGUCUUUUAUACAGGUAAUGAGUUCAAACGGGUACAGUUAAUACAGGUAAUGAGUGGAGAACAGGAGGGCUUCUUAAAGAAAAACUAACAGGUCUGUGAGAGCCGGAAUUCUUACUGGUUGGUAGGUGAUCAAAUACUUAUGUCAUGCAAUAAAUUGCAAAUUAAUUACUUAAAAAUCAUACAAUGUGAUUUUCUGGAUUUUUGUUUUAGAUUCCGUCUCUCACAGUUGAAGUGUACCUAUGAUAAAAAAUUACAGACCUCUACAUGCUUUGUAAGUAGGAAAACCUGCAAAAUCGGAAGUGUAUCAAAUACUUGUUCUCCUCACUGUACAUACACACACACACUGAGUAUACCAAACAUUAGGAACACCUUCCUAAUACUGAGUUGCCUCCCUCUACAAGGUGUCGAAAGUAUUCAUUACAUUUACAUUUACGUCAUUUAGCAGACGCUCUUAUCCAGAGCGACUUACAAAUUGGUGCAUUCACCUUUAUAGCCAGUGGGAUAACCACUUUACAAUAUGUAUUAUUUUUAUUUAUUUUUUUGGGGGGGGUGGGGUAAGGGGGGGGGUAGAAGGAUUACUUUAUCCUAUUUAUCCCUGUAUUCCACAGGGAUGCUGGCCCAUGUUGACUCCACUGCUUCCCACAGUUGUAUCAAGUUGGCUGGAUGUCCAUUGGGUGGUGGACUAAUAUUUUGAUACACACAGGAAACUUUUUUAGCGUUAAAAAACCCAGCAGCAUUGCAGUUUUGGCACAAACCGGUGCACCUGGCAUUUACUACCAUACCCUGUUCAAAGGCACUUCAAUUUUUUGUCUUGCCCAUUCACACUCUGAAUGGCACACAUACACCAUGUCGUUAUUGUCUGAUGGCUUAAAAAUCCUUCUUUAACCUGUCUCCUCCCCUUCAUCUACAAUGAUUGAAGUGGAUUUAACAAGUGACAUCAAUAAGGGAUCAUAGCUUUCACCUGGAUUCACCUGGUCAGUCUAUGUCAUGGAAAGAGCAGGUAUCCUUAAUGUUUUGUGCACUCAGAGACGAUAAUAUGGGGGUCAUAUGUGCUUAUGACAGGUCUUACAAUGCAUUAUAAUUAAUUAUACCUGAAGGUGAUGCCCAAAUGUUUAGCAUUCAAAGAAAGCGUAAGAGUGAGACACAAUGGGCUUUAUACAUUUUUCACAAAUAUGGCCAUACUGAGAGCAUAAAUAAAAAUAAUUAUUGCAAUAAUAAUUGUCAUACCUAUGAUUGUCUAACAAACUCUGAAAUCUCUGGUGAGGUGGACAGCAGGUUUGGGAUUAAUUCAACAAAUUACAUUCUAAUUAAAUUCCUUUUCCCUGUAAAUAUAUUAUAUUUAAUUCAAUUCAAACUCCAGGUCAGUCUUUGAAUUCAGAGAGAAUUCAAAUCCCUCUCAGUUAUAAUGUUGGGUUAUACAUUUUUUUUUUUAUUGCCAAUUCAAUAUUAUCCCCAACAAUUAUACAAAUUCCAAUGAAAUUCCCUCAGGCUGUUAGGCUGAUCAUGUCAUUGUUUAGACAGCGUAGUUAUACUGUAGUUAUACUGGACAAAUAGAAAUAAUUUUAAAAUAAAUCCUGCGGUCAAUUUUCGAUACUAAGUACAUUAACUGUGAAAUGUACAAAUAUUCAAUUCAAUUCCACAUCGUUUUUUUGUACAAUUCCAAUUUAAUUCCAAUUCAAUCAUAAUUCCAUAACUUGAAGAUUGUUGAAACUUUAAUUGAAUUCAACAUAAAUUCUCCACUUCAUGAGUGAAUUCAAGUACUACGUUUGAAUUUCAAAUUAAAUUGGAAUUGACCCCAACCCUGGUGGACAAAACAGACACAGCCGACUGGAACAUUUUUCGCUUUUAAAUAUGUUGUGGGUACAAAGGUUUUAUUGAAUGUGUUCCUCUUUCUUCCUCUCUUUCUUUUUCCUCUAUCUCUCUUUCUGUCCUUUUAACUUUCCUUUCCUUGUUCAUUCUCUCAACCUCCUUGUUUGAACUCUCUCUGGCUCUUUCUCGCCUUCUCUAUUAUUCUUGAUCUCUUUCUCCUUUUCUGUCAGGGUUGAACAUUGCCUACCUGAACCAAGGAGGGGUCGGGGCCCACAAGGGCUCCAGCUUAGCGGACCGCCAGAGGGAGUACCUGUUGGACAUGAUCCCGCCACGCUCCAUAUCACAGUCCAUCAACGGACAGAAAUGA